UAUAAAUGUGUUUACUAGCCUCCUGGGACUAGUAAUUGUAUCACAUUUGAGUCCCAGAGGAUUGGGACGCUUCAACCAUGAGCACUUUGCUCAUUCCAUUUGGCGUGGGACUGAUCAUCUUGUACAUGUUGCAGGAGAGACCCCUGCUAGUGUGGUUGAUCCUCAGACCGUGGCACGUGGCUACUUCGGUGAUGGAUUUAUUUCCUCCAACAUUCCUGAGUUUAGGAAUGAAGAGGAGCCAUAUGCGUUUGCUAUGGCUGCCGAUUCAGAUGAUGAUCGCCCGGUUGGUGAACUCACAGAGAGUGACAUUGAGAUGUUGGAACGUGUUUUUCCAGACGGUCGGGAUCCAAGAGUUCAUGAGUUCAGCGAUCUUAGUCUUUCUCAUCAGGCAAAUGCAGAAGGAAGGGUUGAUGAGCUGCUAGAUGCUCCUGAGGCCGGUCCUAGCAUGAUGAUUGAAAAGGGUAGGGUCUUCAAAGACCUAACUGCCUUGAAGAGGUGGUUGCAGCAUUACGCAGUCUUACGUAAGAGGCCGUAUAGAGUACUUCAUUCAUACGAGAAACGUCGUUACACGGUUGUAUGCGAUAAGGAUAACUGUGCAUGGAGGGUUUGUGCUAGGAUACAAAAGAUCACCGUAAAGUGGAAGAUAACAAAAGUAGUGGGGCCACACACAUGUGCUGAACAUGAGUUAAUGAUGAAACAUCGCCAAUUGACAUCUACCCUCAUUGGGAAGCGACUUAUGGGUAUACUGCAGUCGGAACCAAAUAUGAAGGUUAGGACAAUCAUGAGGAUCGUGGAGAAUGUGUUUGAUGGGUACAAGAUAACAUAUGGUAAAGCUUGGAGGGCUAAGCAGUGUGCAUGGAAGAUGAUAUAUGGGGACUAGGAGUCUAGGUACGAGCAGCUACCUGUUCUUUUAAAUGCAAUGAAGGCGGUCAAUCUAGGCAUGCAUUAUGAGUACAUCCCUAAACCAAAUGCAUGGAUUGAUGGGAGACAGAUAUUCUUCCGUGCGUUCUGGUGCUUUCCCCAGUGUGUGGAUGCCUUCCAGCAUUGUCGUCCUAUCUUUUCAAUUGACGACACGUUUCUUCUCGGCAAGUACCAGGGCACUCUUCUAAUUGUCAUAUUUGUUGAUGCAAACAACAAGCUAGUUCCCCUAGCAUUUGCUCUGGUUGAGAAAGAGAACAAAGACAGUUGGGGGUGGUUCCUGCAACUGGUCCGGAUACAUGUGGUUGGCCCAGGACGGGAAGUUGGUGUAAUAUCAUAUCGGCACCAGGGAAUACUCAACGCGGUCCGUGAGCAGAUCGAUGGGUACCCUCCUUUGCAUCAUAGGUGGUGUACUCGACACCUUGCUGAGAAUCUUCUGCGUAAGGAUGGUGUCAAGGAUAACUUUGAGCUUUUCCAGGAGACAUGUCGCCAGCUGGAAGACAAGUUCUUUAGAGAAAAGUUAGAAAAGCUCAAAGUCGCAAUAAAUGCCGAAGGCAGAGAUUGGUUGACUGGAUUUAUGUCGGAUUUGGAGAAGUAGACGAGAACUCACGACUUAGGUGGAUGGAGAUAUGGGUUCCAGUGUAGUAACAUGGUCGAGUCAUUCAACAAAUUGUUGUUGGGCAUUCGUGGUAUGUCGAUCACUGCUAUAGUAACAUUUACCUUUUACAAGCUUGUGGCAUGGUUUAAUGAUAGACACACCCAUGCAGUUGGAUUGCAGAAUGAGGGAGAGAGAUGGGCUCCAAAACCUAAGACUUUUCUAGAGAAGGCAAAGGAAAGGGCAAACACACACACUGUUGAUUGUUUUGACUUACAGUCAGGGACAUAUGAGGUAUUCCUACAAGCUGGUACUACUUCUGACGGUGAGUCACAAGAGUCGAGGAAGCAUAUUGUUAUCCUUAAUGACUUGUCAUGUACUUGUGGCGCACCGAGGCAGUACCAUUUUCCAUGUUCUCAUCUAAUCGCAGCUGCCCGAGCUCACAACUUUGACUUAGAGAGGAGGAUACCCCAAGAGUUUACUAUUAACAAACUAGUGUUGACUUGGAGCCCAAGAUUUAUUCCUUAUCGUGACCUGGGUGAGUGGCCUCCGUACGAUGGCCCAAAGUAUGUCGCCGAUCCAAGUAGUCGUUGGACCAAGCGUGGAUCCAGGAAGAGGAUGAGGCACAAGAUGGUUAUGGAUCAGGUUGGUGGUAGGAGUAGAAGAGGAAGGAGAACACCAUUUCUUACCGACCCCGAACAGUAUGAGUGUGGCAAGUGCGGUAGACUUGGUCAUAAUUCACGCACUUGUCGUUGGCAGAUCAGCGAGGAUAGCACAGUUCCACCUCCUCGACCCGUUCUACGACGAGAGCCACCGGGGGCGCCUUCUGUCGGAAGGCCAGGACCUAGCAACGCUUCGUUCUAGGACACACAAUGGGUUCCUAGACAUGGUGUUCGAUGAGAGGUACACUAAUUACCUCAGUCGAGCAGGUCUAGAUGUAAUAUCGUACCAGUUACGCCGUGGGUUGCCUACUAUUGACUCGGCAGCCAUUACUGCACUUGUGGACAGGUGGCGGCCCGAGACACAUAGUUUUCAUCUUCCUUUUGGUGAGAUGACAGUCACAUUAGAGGAUACACAGAAGAUACUUGGACUCGAUGUUACUGGCAGAGCAGUUACAGGCCAAUGUGAUUCUGAAGGUUGGAGGGCUAGAGUUGAGGCCUUUCUUGGUAGAGAGUGAAAGUCGCAUAGAGGGGGGUGAAUAGGGCGAAUCUGAAAUUUACAAACUUUAAGCACAACUACAAGUCGG